AUGAACGUCCGCGAUCCCUUCGAUCUCCACCGUUCUCCCGCUUUCAACAUCAUUCGAGGGACCGCGAGGCAAGCCGCCGCACACGUUUCACAGAGGGUCAGAGAAGCUGGUGCACAAGCCAUAGAAGCUGGUACGCAAGCCUUGGAGACGGGGAAGCAAGCGGUCGAAGACAUGUCAUCCUUCUCGAUACCGAAAAAUGUACCCUCUUUCACAGAUCCGCAGCGAGAAAUGGAAAACAGAGCCUGGGGAGCUUCGGGAAUGACAGCAAGAUCAACCCAUGUACAUACGAACGGUGGCGUAAUCAGUGGCAUGCAAGAUAAGGUGGGAACCUUUUUUGAAAAGAACAGGGAUCUGCCGAUGUAUAAAGACAAGCCUUACUCGUACGCGUCUUCCCGGAGGCGCCAACCGCUGUGGAGGAAGAAGAGGGUGCUGGGCAUCGGCGCAGUUUUCGUUGUUUUUGUAUUAUACUUACUGGGGUUCUUUGAUUGGAACUGGAAACCGAGGGCAGAGACAGGGCCUCAGAUCGACUGGCUGGGCCGCAGGGAGAGAGUCAAGGAAGCAUUUACUUUGAGUUGGGAUGCAUAUGAUCGAUACGCGUGGGGGUAUGAUGAAUUCCAUCCAGUGUCAAAACAAGGGAAACAGAUGGCGCCCAAGGGGAUGGGAUGGAUUAUAGUGGAUGCAUUGGAUACGAUGAUGAUUAUGAACCUGACCAGCAGAUUGUCGCAUGCAAGAGAGUGGAUGGUCAAGUCCUUGACUUAUGAUCAAGAUCAAGAAGUCAACACUUUUGAGACUACCAUUCGGAUGCUUGGAGGCCUACUUUCCGCACACUACCUGUCAACAGAGUUCCCGGAUAUGGCACCUUUGGCUGAUGAUGAUGAAGGAACAGUAAAUGAGGACCUCUAUGUGGAAAAAGCUAAGGAUUUGGCCGACCGGUUGAUGGGAGCUUUUGAAUCACCUUCGGGAAUACCCUAUGCCAGUGUUAACCUGAAGACCUUGAAGGGUAUACCCUCUCACGAUGAUGGAGGAGCCUCCUCUACAGCCGAGGCUGCGACCUUACAAUUGGAGCUGAAAUAUCUGUCAAAGCUUACUGGGGAAGAGUACUACUGGGUCAAGGCAGAGAAAGUUAUGCAAGUUAUUGACGACAACGGUAUGGAAGAUGGACUCCUCCCGAUUUACAUUUACGCCAACAGCGGCAAUUUUAGAGGCAACACUAUUCGCCUGGGAAGCAGAGGCGACUCGUAUUACGAGUAUUUAAUUAAGCAGUAUUUGCAGACAUCCAUGGAGGAGCCAAUCUACAAGGAGAUGUGGGACGAAGCGCUUGCAGGUGUUCGCAAACACCUGAUCACGUACUCGAAACCGUCCCAAUUCACAGUCUUAGGCGAACGUCCAGCAGGUCUAGAUAUGCCUCUGUCCCCCAAAAUGGAUCACCUAGUAUGCUUCAUGCCAGGGACUAUCGCCCUUGGAGCCACUGGAGGCCUCAGCCUCGCUGAGGCCAAGAAGCUCCCGACUUGGACUUCAAAGAAGAGUGAAGAGAUGAAACUCGCGCGAGAAUUAAUGCAAACCUGCUGGGGAAUGUACAAGAUGAUGGCUACAGGACUUGCUCCAGAAAUUACGCACUUUAACAUCGAUGAUCCUCCUCUCCCUCCCUCCGCGACUCACAAUCCACCUGCAGCUUUUAACGAAAGCAAAGAUGCUGAAUGGCGAAAUGACUUCUAUGUCAAAAGCAAUGAUGUUCAUAACCUUCAGCGACCGGAAACCGUGGAGAGCUUGUUCUACAUGUGGAGGAUUACUGGGGAUGUAAUGUAUCGGGAAUGGGGAUGGGAAAUGUUCCAGUCGUUCAUGAAUUAUACGGCUGUCGAGGAUGGGGGAGGAUUCACAAGUCUGUCGAAUGCGAAUGUUAUCCCACCGGUGAAAAAAGACAAUAUGGAGAGUUUCUGGCUGGCUGAAACCCUGAAAUAUUUCUACCUGCUUUUUUCACCCAACGAUCUGCUCCCUCUCGAUCAGGUCGUCAUCAACACAGAAGCACACCCGUUUCCGCGCUUCACACCCGGCCCAUUAUUCAAGACAGGCUGGAAAAGAAAACCCCGGGACGCAGAUGGAAAGAUCCUACCCGAACCAGCAAAGACCACUGAAGGGGUGGUUGCGGUGACCAAAGUAGCGAAGGUAGAGGAGGUGAACAAAGGUCACGAUGCUUAA